AUGCAGUACACACCUCUCUACGUGGCCCUCGGCCUAUUGAUGCUCGACGGCGUCAUUGAAGUCGGCAUGGUGGGAUCGAUGGUUGGAUUCUUGCACGCUCGCGCCGGCAAGUUCUUCACCGUCAACGCGUCGACCGGUACCUUCGACUUACACGGCAAACCCGUGGGUCUGCUCGUCAACCAAGGACACACCAGCAACGGUGCUGCCGGCACCGCGGUGGUUCUCGUGGGCAUCAUCGGGCUGCUGGUCAUUUGGUAUGAGAAGAGAAGGGCGAGACAGGUACGAGUUCCCCUACACAAGCACACCACCUCCCCUCCUCCCCUACGAGACACAAGUGCUAAUGGAGCGCAGACACAAAUGACAGGCCACUCCAAAGUCUUCCUCUUCUGGGUCGUCAUGACAUUCGUUUCCGCAGGCUUGACGCUUUCGGCAAUAGUCUACACGUUCGUCGUGACCGCACAGACAAACAACCAAAGCAUCAAUCUCAGCGUGGCCGAAGCAAACCCAGAGCCAAAAAUGUAUCCGUUGGACCAGUGGACGCCGGAGAAUUGGUUCAUCGCCGUGCUAAAGCUGCCGUUGGAGCAUGAGUCGGACCGCAGCACGAUCCGAUAUCAUCUGGACUUGAUGCGAGGGUGGCGGUGGAAUUUGAUUCCAUUGUUCAUUCUGGGCUUGGCCGCGUCGAUGACUGCUCUAUGGGAGUUGAUCGGAGGCCGCAGGUGGAUGGAGGGUGAGAGUAGAGAGAAGUUGAGGAAUAGGGGUUCAAAAGAGAGGAUUGGAGAGCCAUAUCCGUGA